CACCGAGCGAAGGCAACUGGGUCACGAUCAGCUAGCCAUGUGCAGGAAAUCGACCGAGACGGUUGAGGUGUUUGGAGACCGAAGAGCAUGCCAAGCGAUGGUCGUGGCCGCAUGAGAAGCGACCUCCUCCGUGCUGCAGUUGAGUUCCCGUUCUGUUGAUGCGGGCACGGCACGCCCGGCCGCAUCCUGCAACCUGGUCGAGUCUCCACGAGGCGAAGAGCCUGCUGGAUCUGAUUUUUGGCGUCAAACAGUCAAUAUCGCAGGCUGGCCGCAUAUUGGGCCCCCCUCCACCGGAAGCUUUGAGCUCGGCCACUCUUCAAGGGUGUCGUGUUGCUCGACCUCCCAAGUCUCAUGUCUGCUCAGGAUUCUACAGGCGUACUCUGGACGCAUGCCUCUUUAGCGAAAGAGUUGGAUGCAUGAUCGCCUUCUGCAAGAAAAGACUGCCCCUUCACGCCCUAGAGCUGUCUUCCGGUAGCCUUCGAUCGCGCCUCACGCGGUUGGUGUAUGGAGCACCAAACAAAAGUCAGCUACACGUGAACGAUGUGCGUGUAUCACGAGACUCAAGCCAUUGCAGAGGCCAUUGCCAUACUUACACCCGUAUCCCCCUCCUGCCACACACUUACACACCCACGGAGCUCGCGCAUACGCAAGGUUGAGUCAUCCUCCACCUCCCUUGUUGUCGGGGAUGGGCUCAUGCGCGUACAUCCUCCUUUUUGUGUACGUGUUGGCAUGGGGUGAGCAGGCACAAGCGCCGAAGCCGCGGAGAUAUAGAUAGUCUGUGUAAUUGUCAAGGACAA